AGAGAGUUUGCCAGCCGCCUUUCCCAGCUGACGGUCAACUCUAGGCCCAUCAUCCAGGAGCUAUCGCUUCUCGCUCAAGACUAUUCUCGUUAUGCAGACACCGUGGCGGAACUCAUUGAAGGACACAUUCGACGGGUACCUUCCUGGGCGAAGCUGCCUGCCUUUUAUCUGCUCGAUGCUAUCUCAAAAAACUUCUUCGAACCAUACGCCCGUAUCUUUGCGCCCUUCGUCGUCUCACUCUUCCUUCAAACUUACUCCCAGGUCGAUGAACCCACCCGCGCAAAAAUGGAAGAAAUGGUCUUGACCUGGCGCACAGGUUCUCCGUCGCGAUUUGAGCUUUUUGGUGCACAACAUCAGCUCUCUAUCGAGCAG